GCUGAGCCUCUAAAACCCACCUAACGUUAGACGGAAAAAAGCAGCGUCGGGGGGAAGAGGAGCAAAAGCGGUGCCGUCGGACGUAUCUUACUUUCACCCCUUAUCUGCUUCCUAUUACUCCCUCUUAUUCGCGCACCAUUAUUUAUUCUAAGAGGAUGCCAUAUUUUUAUACGAUUUAACGGAAUCUGCUGUGAUUCUGCUUCAGUUAAAGCGGAACCGUUUUACACACGGCGACAGAAAAGCGACGGAUUAUUUUUUUUUCCCGCCUUGUUUUUUCGCGUGAUCCUCAGUCUAAUACUGUACAUUAGCGUUAAUUCUAUAACGUUGUGUUUGCGUAGAGAGCUUGGCGGAAGAUGGGCUGUUUGGGGAACAGCAAGACCGAAGACCAGCGCAUUGAUGAGAAGGCUCAACGAGAGGCGAAUAAAAAGAUCGAGAAACAGUUACAGAAGGAAAGGCAGGCUUACAAAGCCACACAUCGGCUGCUUUUAUUAGGGGCUGGAGAAUCCGGAAAGAGUACGAUUGUCAAGCAGAUGAGGAUCUUGCACGUCAACGGCUUUAACGCAGAAGAAAAGAAGCAGAAAAUAUUGGAUAUUCGAAAAAACGUGAAAGAUGCCAUUGUAACAAUUGUAUCGGCCAUGAGCACUUUAAUACCUCCAGUGCCACUUGCCAACCUGGACAAUCAGUUUCGAGCUGACUAUAUAAAAAGCAUAGCACCGCUUUCUGACUUUGACUACACAGAGGAGUUUUUUGAGCAUGCAAAACAUCUUUGGGAUGAUGAAGGCGUGAAGGCCUGCUUUGAACGGUCUAAUGAGUAUCAGCUCAUCGACUGUGCCCAAUACUUCCUGGACAGAAUUGAUUCAGUACGGCAAAAUGACUAUACACCAACAGACCAGGAUUUGCUUAGGUGCAGAGUUUUGACUUCAGGGAUUUUCGAAACGCGAUUCCAAGUAGACAAAGUCAACUUUCACAUGUUUGAUGUAGGUGGUCAGAGAGAUGAGAGAAGAAAAUGGAUCCAGUGCUUUAAUGAUGUGACAGCUAUCAUUUUUGUGGCGGCCAGCAGCAGUUACAACAUGGUGAUCAGAGAAGACAACAGCACUAACCGCCUUCGCGAGUCCCUAGAUCUUUUCCGCAGUAUCUGGAAUAACAGGUUUUUACGGACUAUCUCAGUUAUUCUUUUCCUGAACAAACAGGACAUGCUUGCAGAGAAGAUCCUGGCUGGAAAAUCCAAACUUGAAGAUUACUUCCCAGAGUACACUCGCUAUACAAUCCCACCAGAUGUGACCCCUGAUGCUGGGGAAGACCCAAAAGUGACUAGGGCCAAGUUCUUCAUCCGGGAUGAAUUUUUGAGGAUCAGCACAGCAAGUGGGUCAGAUAAACACUACUGCUACCCACAUUUCACGUGUGCCGUGGACACAGAGAAUAUCCGUCGUGUCUUCAAUGACUGUCGUGACAUCAUCCAGAGGAUGCAUCUCCGCCAGUAUGAGCUUUUGUGAUUGGGUCCCAAGAUUUGUCCUUUUACCAAUCGGAUCACUUCUUCUACACUCCCAGAUUUCAGCAAGACGAGUGAACUACUGACUAGUGACAAUGUUAUGUGAUUUUUUUUUCUCUAUUGUUAAUGUUUUCCUCCACUUUAUCUCAUUUAUACAAGAAUGAGGUGUGCGUGUGUUUCCUGUAUCUCUUCAGUCUUGAGAAUUUCAUUUAGAUUUUUUACUUGAUAUGGUUGGAUGUGGACCAGCCAAUCCAAUGGAAAUCUGUGGUAACUUUAGGCAAAUAAGCCUGACAUUUGACCUUUGCAGUCUUCUGAAGGUUUUUUUUUGGAGUACUUGACAUAGGGGUGGAUAAUGCACUUUUGCAUCAGGUUCCUAAAAUGCAGACCGCUAAGCGUAAUUCACUAUGUAGCACCGCUAUAUUUAUUACUUGUCACUUUUCUCUUUAGUAUGUUUUAAUUGUUUUUUUGCAUUUCUUUAAUUAGUUUCUGUUAGAGGUGCAAUGUUGCAGGAAUAUUCAGGGGUUUGGAAUUGUUUAAGAGCACAGGCUAAAUGUAGAAAUGUUGGAUUGUUGGACUUGAAGUCUUCUGCACCUCAGUACUUUCUGCAUAAGAAGACUGAGUGGCCAACUGAUAAUUAAUACCUCUCUUUGCAUAGAGAGUUUCUUGAUGUUGUGAUAGUAUGUGUAUACUGUACUGUAAAUACACAUACACACAGAUACACUAUAUAUUUGGGGGGUUAUUUUAUUAUGCUAGGGAAUGUGCAAGGUUGCUUUGUCUUGCACAUGCCUGCAAAAUGUAAUGUUAUUUUGUACAUCUUAAUUGAAAAGAGAAAAAUACUUGUAGAAGCUCCUUGUGCCUUUGAUUACAGCUGUACCUGUAAAUGAGGAUUUAGAUAUAAAUACAUUUCUGAUGGCGUUGUACAGCUUGAUGUCAAAUCUUAACUGCAGCACAGGCUGCUGAUGGGGAAUCUCUCUCUCUCUCUCUCUCUCUCUCUCUCUCUCUCUCUCUCACACACACACACACACACACACACACACAAACUCGCUCUUUGUAGAAAUGCAUUUCUCUCUAGCAUAAAGAAAAUGGAAUCCUAUGGUUAGUACAACAUGGAAAUUAGGCAAAAAAAUAUGUAUACAAUAUGCAAAAUAACUUACUGAUUGCAAAGUUGCAAAUGAGUAUGUUUUUAUUUUUAUCUUUCUUUUGUUGAAUUCAUUUUCCCUUUCUAGAACUCUUGACAGCUUUAAAAAAACAUUUGAAAACAUUUUAAGUGUCCAAACUCAUAGCCUGCUGACAGUUUCAGACAUGAUAUGUGUGUGUGAGGUUUGUACACAGGGGUACAGCUGUAAAUGUGUGUAUGCAUGUGUGUGUGCCUGCAUGCAUGUGUAUACCCACAGCCCCCUGUUGUGUUCAACCCAGAUUGUACAUCAGCAUUUUUAUAUUUAUAUAUGUGUACAUAUACAUUUAUAAGGUUACAACAGAAAUUAUAUUGCAUAAACAUAUAUGUACAAUUCUACAUAGAAAUGUGUGUGCCUAAGCGUAUACAUAUUUAUGAAUGUCUAGUGAGGUUGUAUGCAUAGCCAUGGAUCUAGGUAGGGUGUACUUUAGACGGUUUGACUCUCCUGUAAUCUUCAGUAACAUCCAGGCCUCAUAACUCACAGAAUAUUGCAUAGCCUUAUACAGCUUGAUUGCAGAGUAAAAUGUGAAAAGAUUCCAGAAGGUAAUGCAGAAUGGGAUUAUCUCAUUUGUGUGGGAGAAAAACCAUGUCCUUAUUACUUACUUUUAAUAUGUAACUGCACAGUCAUUUUUUUCAGCCAUGUUUUCAUCAAACCUGUUUCUUUGUUGUUAAAAUGCACCCACUACUUACUUAAUAAUAAAAUAUAAAAUUUAAUGUAAUAUAAUAAAAAUGACAAAAUAUUUUUUGUCAGAGGAAACUUAAAAAGGAUCAUUUAACAGUCUUUUGGGUAGGUAAGUGUUCUUUGCUUCCUAAAAGGGUUUGGCUUAUGAUCCUACGUUUUACAUAGACACCCCAGAUGCAACCAAUAUACGCAUAACAAAAGAACCCUUAAGAGUUUAACGUUAACUUUAUUUUGAAAAAGUGGAUGCUUGUGAUUGUCAGGUUAUAAGUUCAAAGUCCACAUCUGAGAGCCACUGUUAGGCCCUUACCUAGGCAGAUUAAUCCUUAUCUCAUCUAAUUAUUAAUAUAAGAUUAAUUGGUAGUUUUGCCACACUUUUAAAUCUAAUGACGUAAAAAAAAAAAGAACCUGACCCCUUCCUGCAAUUCUCAGCCUACAGUUUCUUUCUUUUUUUUUUUUUUAAAUCUAUCCAGCAAAACUGGUUAUAUGUUGUGGUCUAUGUUCAUGUCCCAUCAUGGGACCAUCUCCUGAAUGAGCUUGAAUCAGAACACUAUACUAUAUGUGGUUCCACCAAAUUAACUAAAAAUUUACAGCUACAUGACCUGCAGAUGAGUGACACGGGACCCACGUGGACCCUCCAAAAGCUGUACUAUAUGGUGAAAUUGCACCACUGGUAGAUAAGCUAAAUCUCUGUUCACUGAGGCUUCUCCAUGUAUGAUAUGAUGAUAACUAACAGAUAAAAAUAUAAAACUCUAGGUCUGGCCUUCAGUGACACAGCAUUUUGAGUUCUUAAAUUUAUGUUACUAAAGAGUCACAUUAGACACCCUUCAUCUGUUUAGAAUGGAAAUGUCCGACGAAAUGUAAUUUUGCAAAUAAAAUACAUCUAAAAGUG